CUUAUUUUGUCGAUUAUCUAAGCAUUGUUUAUAUGUAGUGUUCAACUGCUCAAGUGAGACUUUGUUUACUUACUGUCAUACAUUUUGACAAAAUCAGAUUGCUCUUAAAAGAGUAACGGAACAAUGCUUCAAACGAAACAGACGUCCUUAAUAAAACUCAAGAUGGAUGUAUAAUAACCUAGACUAUGCUAAUAUAGAACAUUCAAUUAUAAAAAAAACUCACGUUGAGGGUAGACUGUGCUAAUAUAGAACGUUUUUAAAAACACACGAUGUGACUAUAGACCGUUUCUACAACAAACAAAAAGAUAUGAUUAUGCCUUUUAAUCACAUCUUGAUAUAGUUAUGUCGAAAUGAUCGUCCUUUCAUCACAGAAUUUUGAUUUUGAAAUGGGCAGUAGCAAUUCUAGAGACGUAUCCAAACAGCCUGGUAAAAGUGUUGUGACACAAGAUACAUUAUAUAUUGAUGAAUACAAUGAUGAUUGGUUUGACAAACAACCAAACAAAGUUAAUAAAACUAGCAAGACAACAUCAAACGGACAUAGAAUUCACCAGGCAAAAGCUAAUGAAACUAGUAAGACAAACGGACAAAUAAUUAACAAAACUGAAACAAACAAUAAUGUAGAGGAAAAACAACUGAAGAAUGGAAAUCUUUCUACAGGCGAGAGAAAAAGUAUCUCUGACAAUAGUAAGCACAUAACCGUUAUUUCAAACAACAAAACUGCCAGUACAGUUCAUAGACAAAAAGUGAUAUCACCAAGUAAUGUCAUGAAUAUGGUGGAUUUAGAAGAAUACGAUUAAAAAUUACUAAAUUUUUGAUGGAAUCCAUUGCAAUAGUUUUAAUGAAACACCUCGACCCGGUCUCGCAUUUAAUCUUUUGAGACACGCCAUAAUCUACUCUUAGGAUUAUCAUCUAAGUGACGAUGAAAGCCAAUUUGGAAUCUUUAUCGGAGUGUUUAUAUGAUGAGAAUUAUUUUCACCACAAUCAUUAUUCGCUUUCAUGACAUAAAACAUCUACGACUAUAUUAAUUACUUGUGUACGCAUGUACAUGCAAAUGCAUAGCUGGAUGAAGUAGAAUUAGUGAUGAAACAUAAAGGUGUGCAUAUUUGUCUUCUGUGACCUGUAUACAUUAGGUAUACCCAUUUCGAAGUCUUCUAUGCAAUACAAACACUCGCAGUCAACUAAGCCAUUUUGCAUUUCUUGUAUUUUAAGUUUAAGAUAAAAAAUAAAAUAAAACAAAAAACUCUUAAUGGUUAAUUA